UUUCAGUAUUGAGUUGAAAGUCAGCAAAUAUAUACAUAUUGUAUUCAGCUUCCGCCAAGUGAUCUUGUAAAAAUAUAACGAUGCAUUCUGCCAUAAAAGUGAAAUAAACUCGUCAUAAAAUAAAGCUCAAGUUCGUUCGAUUUUAUUUCAACAACGCCUUUCAUGAAGAGGUUUAAUGUUUAAUUAAACUUGGCCUAAAACAGAAUUAUAAAUAUUUGGAGAGGGUGUACACACGUACAUAAUCUUUGUUCGAGUUUUGGCAAAUUUUUGGCGCAAGUGCAUCUGCAAACAGUCAUGGGAUAAACUGGACAACGACAUGAAGUGAACAUUUGGAACAAUUGUAUUUAAGGGUGAGGUGUGGACGUUCCAAUCUUUUUGGAGAACAAGUUUGAGAUUGGGUCGAUUUUGUGUGCCAAUCAAAAAAUUGUGUGUGCGUAAAAAAUGAGUGGAUCAACACCCUCGCUCAUGAUGAGCGUUCUGCGGAAUCUCAAUCCCAUGCGAGCAUGGGGUGGGGCUUUAGCUCUGGGGCCACUCGCAUUUACGCUGGUCGGAAUGUUGGGUCCGAUGUUGGAGCUUUUCAUGUCGAUGGACAGAAACUAUGACAGAAUGAUGAUGCGUGUCGAAGACGGACGAGAUCUCUUUGAUUUUAUUAUUGUUGGGGGCGGAUCUACGGGUUGCGUCCUGGCGUCAAAAUUGUCAGAAAAGUAUUCCGUCUUGCUGUUGGAGUACGGAGGCGCACCCACAAUUCUUCAGCAUAUUCCAAUCUAUACUUUUUAUCUGUAUAAUGAGCCCAGUAUUGAUUGGGCACAUUACACUGUGCCACAAAAACACGCUUCUCAUGGUCUCAUAGAUAAUUCGGUCCUGUUCCCUACUGGGAAAUUGCUCGGAGGUUCUAGUCAACUAAAUGCGAUGAUGUAUAUUCGUGGAAAUGUGCAAGGUUUUGAUGAAAUUGCGAACAAGACGGGCGACGGGAGAUGGGCCACCAAAAAUAUUUUAAAUUAUUAUCGUGACAUGGAGGAUUACAACGGAUGGUUUCCCAGUUAUGAUCAUGGUCGAGGCGGUAAAAUGAGUGUUGAACGCCCGAAUUUAGCCAGGUUUACCAAAUAUUUGAUGAAGGCUGGGGAAGAGCUUGGCAUUAAAAUAAGAGAUCCCAACCCUUACGGUCCUUACGUGGAUGGCAUUUCUAUGAUGGAUUUGUACAUGAAGAAUGGGCGAAGGUCGGACGCUUAUACAGAAUUCUUGGCCCCAAUAAUGGGAGAAAGGGGGAGUCUAGUCGUGCGAAAGUAUGCAUUCGUACAUCGAGUAUUAUUUGAAGAAGGUGCCAAUGGUCACCUUAAUAUUGCUCGUGGCGUUGAAUAUGAACGGCACGGGAAAAAAUUUAGAGCUUGGGCCAAGAAAGAAGUCAUUUUGUCCGCUGGGAGUCUUAAUAGUGCCAAGUUGCUCAUGUUGUCAGGUGUUGGACCUUGGGGUCACUUGCAGAGUGUUGGGAUUAAACCAAGAGUGGAUUUGCCAGUUGGGCAGUACUUGCAGGAUAAAUAUGGUUGUAUUAUUGGGCCAUUUAUUGUGGACAAAGGUGCAGCCAUCCGGUAUGACCGGGACAUAUCCGUUGGAAAUAUUAUUGACUGGUGGGCUGGUGGAAGGUCAAAUGAUGGGGGAGCAUUUCGUUCCUCCCUCGCCGAAGGAACGUGGGCCAUAACAACAAAGUCUGCAGUGGAAUCUGGGAGAACAACUGCUCCAAACAUACACGCUUAUAUUCUGUCGAUGGCAGUGUCCAAGGAACUGGAGUCCGGGGCGUCAAAGAGCUUUAACAUAAAACCCGAAGUGGCAAGGUUUAUGAGUAUGACAAAGGGAAAGGACUCGUUUUUGCAGCUCGUCACACUCAACAAACCUCUCGGAUAUGGGAACAUUCUGCUGCGAGAUGCCAAUCCUUACAGCCCCCUUCUCAUCGAUCCACGCUACCUUGAAGACCCCAGAGAUUUCGAGGGCUUAGUUGAAGGGAUUAAGUUUGCAGUGGAAUUAGUGGAACGUACUCACGCUUUUUCUAAAGUGAGGGGACAUCUCAUGCGGAGACCAAUCCCAGGCUGUCAAGAAAUCAACUUUAUGAGUGACGAGUAUUUUCGGUGUUUGGCUAGACAGAUCACAGUGACGGCGUAUAAAUAUUCAGGUACUGCUCCAAUUGGGAGGCAUCCUUCCGAGGACCCAUGGGCGGUGGUCGACUCGCACUUAAGAGUAUAUGGAACUCGAGGAUUAAGAGUCAUUGAUGGUUCUGUUCUACAACAAAAGCAUGUUUCGAUUAAUGAUGUGACUUGCAGGAUGCUCGGACAUGUGGCUGCGGACAUUGUAAAACAAGACUGGUUCUGAUUUACAUGAAAUUAAUACAUGUUAGCUCAUUACAUACUCAAGUACAAUACAAAAUAUAGUGCUUCUUAUAAUUGUCAAUUUGGGCUAAUCUGUCUUUCAAAGUUCAAAGUACACAUAUAAAUCGAAGUACUUUAGCCAAAAAAUACAGCAUUAACAAAACAUUGUCCCAAGAAUGUUCCUCUUUCAACAUUAAAUCUAUGGAACAGACGGGUUGUUUCAAUUCGAAUUCUCACAAGCUUAAUGUUGUUAAACAGAUCGAUUAAACCGUCGCAUAAGUUAUGAAAAUGUAUCCUGAAAUAUUAUUUUUUAUGUAGAUUUGAGUUAUGAAACUUGAUAUGUAUAUUUGUACAUUUUUGGGAGGGUAGGGGGUUUGGGGGAUUUAAUAAUAUAAAAUAUCUCAACGAAUUAGGAAAAUUGUUCUACACCACUAGUCAAUUAAUUGUAUAAAUAAAUUUCGAAUAAAUAAAUAUAACAUGUUUGGAGGUGUAACAAAAC